AUGAAGCAUCUUGUGGCAUUACCAGAAAUAAAACCAGAAAUAAUUGCUACAGAUCCUCAAAAAGAGAGUGAAAAAAAAUUUGAGUGGGAAAAUAGAACUACAAACGAUCACAGUACUGUGGAAGUAAAGGUUGAUCGUGAAUUGAUGAAAAAUCAGGUUUUUGAGGAUCAGAGACGUUACCGAGGUGUGAUGCAGCAUCCUUGGCGAAAAUUCGCAGCAGAGAUUCGUGAUCCUAACCGGAAGGAGACUCUUGUGUGGCUCGGGACAUUUGACACGGCAGUGGAGGCAUCGAAAGCUUAUGACAGGGCGGCUUUUAAACUUAGAGGAAGCAAAGCGAUACUGAAUUUGCCGCUUGAAGCAGGCCAAUCCAACCCCUCUUCCAUGAAUACUACUGGUACAGAUUUCAGAUAA